UUGGUGAGCUGUGAUUCUCAGCAAUGCAUGACACAUCUGGAUACAGGCAUUUGGCUUAAGAGGAGGUGUGUGUGAGAGAGAAAGAGAGAGAUGGUGAAGGAGAGUGUGUGCUCUCAGUCUCCUCCUUAUUCCACAGUCCUUGCACACCCAAAUGGAAGAUGGAUUUAUCAAUUGACCAAUGUGGCUGUCCGGUGGAUCCCAUGCCUGUGCACAACAUGAACAGACGGUGACUCUUAGGUGUCUUGGUUGUGUGAUGUAGUCACGAAAUGGCAGAGAGUGGAAGCCAUUGGGUUCAAGGAUGUGAAGAAGAUGCAAGAGGAGGUGGCAGAUCCCUCUCGGAUGCCCGCAGCCCAGAUGUUGUCCCAAACUCGAUCGGGACAAAGCGGCAUCUCCCUCGAGGGAUUGUUAUCCAGCUGACUGGAACUGAGGGAGAGUGGAGUAGCCUAGAUGAGAGUGAGCUCAUAUUCUCACUCGACCAUGAUGAGUACUAUCCCUCGGUGUCACAUUCAAGUCAAAAGCAGAUCUCGGGUGACGAUGACAGAAGAUCGCAGCCACAAGCAUUCCACGUACCACUUUCACCGUCGUCUCCUGGUUCUUUGGGUAAUUUAUCCGCCAUGAGCCCCACCUUCCUCUCCCCAGGCUCUCCUUCGCCCACUCAUCGGCCCUUGGCUAGUCUAGUGAAGUCCCUCUCCACAGAACUUGAGCUGAGAGAAGGCUCCACACUCCGACCAAAACCCCUUCUAAGCCUCGUGAAGUCCAUCUCUACAGAGCUCUCCCGUUCGGAGCCAGAGGUGUCGCAGUCCAAAUCAGACUCGCGCCUCAACCUCCACUUAUUGAAACAUCUUACGCAGCCCAAGAUCCGAAGUGGUGGAGAUUCUCGGACAGCGCCUCCAUCUCCCAGCACUCUCUCUCCCAGUGGAGAGGGUCUUAAAGGAGGCUUCUUCAAAAUGGAGCUCGAGGACACCAAGAGAAAACUCUCAGAGGCGGUUCAUGAACCGUUGAGUAGUAUGCUCAACAAGAUUAGGAAAGAUGAUAGCACAGGCAGCCCCAAACACCAUUGUAAGGCAAACUCGGCCAUUUCCAGAGGAUUGCAUCGGGAAGGUAGCACAGACACGGGGAUGUCAGAUUCUCCACUAAGGAGUGGUGGCAGGAUAGAUGGGGAUGUUUUCAACUGGCCUCCAGUUAAAAAUCCUGGUAGAAGCCCUAGAAAUACCUGUCCUGUGCAUCACUGCAAACAUCUCAGUGAUGAAGAGCAAGGGUUUUACUUGGAUGGAGACAUGACGCAGGUUUUUUCCAACAAUGCUCAGCCACAGUCCAGGAAACCUGCUGAAGUUGUAUCCAGGACAACUUCACUUCACUCUCCACUUCACGCAACCAAUCCUCCACCAUGCAUGAGUUUAUUCUGUGUGGCAGUAUUAUCCUACGGUUAUUUUACCCUACCUCUAAAUCCGUACUUCUCUGGCCUGGCUCUUGGGAUGGCAAUGGGUUUCUUGCUCGGACUCUUGCUGAUUAGAAUGGGCUCUUCUAGGUCUCUUUGUUUAGCUUCUCCAAACCGACCACUUCUGGGAGAGGGAAUUCUAGGAGAUUGCUCUACUGAACCAAACAUCCUCAAGGGUUGGAUGAACGAGGUUCAUGAUUACGACCCAGAGACGUACCAUUCAGCACAGACACACUCUGUGUUUGCCACACUGGAGGGAUCCUGUCUCCGACUCGACACCCCCCAGUCUAACAUCAGUCGCAGGGCCAUUUACGACGAGAGAAUCAGCGAGUCCAUUUUCAUAAAAACGCGCACCUACCAGCUGGAAAAGAGCAAAGUAUUCUUGCUGCCGUCUGUAUUGGCUCGGAAGCGCCUAUGGAACCCCAAAUAUCCUAUCUGCAUCAAACUGCCCAGUGGAGUAGAUUCCCAGGAGGAGGCUAAACAAAAGUCUGAGGAGAAGCAGUCAAGCAGUAGCUCAUGCCAACGUUUUUCUGAACCACUCUGUAACCCACCAACAACUCUUUACCUCUUUGGGCGCACGGGGAGAGAAAAGGAAGAGUGGUUUCGUCAUUUCCUGCUCACAACUACAGACGCACGACAAGAAAGGGACCAGGACAAACCAAAGCCUGGUGACCCAGUACUGUCACAGGCUAUCAGCAGCCACAGCGAUAUCCCAUGCAGCAGAGGCUCUAGCAGAGUGGGCAGCAGUGAAGAUGAUGCCCCCUCCACGCCUGCAGUUCCUCUCAGUCAGACCUCCUUCUGCAGCAGCACCACCAGGGGCCUUUCAUUGCUUGACUACCCUUUGUACAUGUCUCGUCUUCUGGCCACAGAAGAAUCUCUCCCGCUUUCCAGCCCUGGAGUUGGCAGCGCGGAGACCAGCCCCAACCUCAAAGGAAACUGUACCUGUCAUCAGGUGGAGUACCCCAGGGGAAGUUCACCUGUAUGGGUCAACGCUCUCAUUGGUCGAAUCUUUUGGGACUUCCUGAGAGAGAAGCAAUGGACUGACAUGGUUUCACACAAAAUCCAGAAGAAGCUCAGCAAAAUCAGAUUGCCUUACUUUAUGAAUGAACUGACACUGACUGAGUUGGAUAUGGGCUUUUCCAUCCCACAAAUCAUAUCUACCUCCCGGCCAGAGGUUAACCACAGAGGCCUGUGGGUGGAGUUGCAGCUAGCCUACAAUGGCACACUACAGAUGACCCUCCAAACCAAAUUUAACCUGUCCAAAUUGGGUAAAGAGGGUGGACAGGACACUGAAUGGGUGACUGAAACUGGAAAUACACGCUGCAAACCUGUCCUAAGUGUGCUGGCAGACAGCGAUGAAGAGUCCUCCAGUGCAGGGUCAUCUGAUGAUGAAGAGUUUUUCAUGGCUCUGCCUCAGGGCCCCACUGGGGAAAAGGGCCCUUCAUCAGCUACAGAUGGGACAGGGGGUGGUCGGACUGGAAGGAAGAUUUUGAGAUUUGUGGACAAAAUCGCUAAGUCUAAAUAUUUCCAGAAGGCAACAGAGACAGAGUUCAUCAAGAAGAAGUUUGAGGAGAUGUCAAACACGCCUCUGCUGCUUACUGUCGAGGUUCAAGAGUUGUCAGGGUCCUUAGUAGUCAACAUCCCACCGCCCCCUACUGACAGGAUAUGGUAUAGUUUCUGCAUACCACCCAAGCUGGAUCUGCGUGUCCGGCCCAAACUAGGUGAAAGAGAAGUAACCUUAUGCCAAGUGACUGAGUGGAUUGAAAAGAAACUACAGGAUGAAUUCCAGAAAGUGUUUGUGUUGCCAAACAUGGAUGACAUCUAUGUUCCCAUGAUGCAGUCUGGUGCCGACGGUGCCUUCACACCUGCGCAUCAGUCCUCUCAUUCUUCACAUAGUUCAACUGAGUCGAUAAAGCGAAAUUCACCAGCGUAACUUCAACGGAAUAUGUCAAUAGCACCUCAGGAAGUCGUGAGGACUCUGUAUGAAACUAAACAAGAAUGUUUGCCACUGUCCAAAUUAAAGAUGACGAAAUGUACAUUGAGUACAUUAACCUGAGAAGACUCCUUCUGUUUACUAGCAGUCACCAAAAUGGACACGCUAUCUGUAGGUAUGUUUGCAUGGACACUUUUAUCCGGUUUAAAGGCCUGGUCAGAAUAAAAACACUUCAUGUACACACCGCAUUCGGAAUCCAUGUAAUAGAGAAUCAUUUUUUUCGAUGACUUCAACAACAUGUGAAAGCAGCCUCAAUAUUACACUGAGUGUGCCAGAUAAACUGCCUAUUCUUGUUGUUUGUUUUUACCUCUGCGUUGAUGUUUGGUCGCCUAUUCCCAUGAAUUUUAAAUCUAAAUGGUUCAACUUUACUCUUUCUGUAUCAGGCAGUUAAAUGCGGUAAACUACUCUGGUCGCAAAAUGAAGUAGCAGAUUAGCUCUUUUAGCUAACUGGCUAUGAAUACAUGAACAGUUCAAUGCAAUUUGAGCGAGAGGCUCUCACUCAAGAGCUUUGUCUAAUAAUGUGUUAAUAUGAUAUGUUAGCAUUUGAACUGUUUCAGCCUCAAUGCUAUUUAUAGCUAUUAACAAAAUUAAUAGAAUCAAUCUGUAUGAAUUCAUUGCCUAACUUUGGGAUAUAACCUCUAACAAUUUUUUAAUGUUUGCGCAUCAUAAUUUCCAGCUGUUUUACAAGCAGUUUAUUUGCAGUCCCUGUAAUCUGCAACAAGUUGUAUUUUUUUUAAAUUUCUAUUUGACUCAAGCAGCAUUACCCUUGCAAAUGGAUGUUAGAAAGUUAUUUGUUUGGAGCAAGGAUAAAUAAGAAAGGGAGAAUUAGAGAGGUAAGCUAGGUAACCCACCUAGGCAACAUAAACCACUUAUAGGUCACAACCUACCAGUUGAGAAACACUGAUUAAUGGUGUUGAAAUUCGCCUCCCCAGACAAGCCGCACGGAAACAGCGACAGUUGAACAAAGUGCCGCUCUGCCGAUGCUGCCUCUGCGCGCGCCAACCGGGAAGGCGGAACUUCGCGCGUUCAUCUCUGAUAUUAACCCUUUGUACUGACUCCAUGUUCCAAAAGUUUGAAAAAGACGCCGAAAGCAGGUUGACAAUUUAUUCGUCGACAAUGGUCAAAAACAAGGUAAAAACAGACGAUGGAGGGACAAUUCUGGAUCCAAAACAAGGCUACAUGUUUCCGAGCAGCAAAAUUGUGUGUUAAAAGUGUCUUAUCUCAGUGUCCAGUGUUUUUUGAGUCUGUGGGCCGGCUGGAGGUGUGUCCAGGCAUUGCUUUGGGAUCAUCCCUCUCUGGCCGGUUUCGGGCUGUUUAGGUUCGUGCGUGGAUGGGACGUGGUUGCCACAGUGACCGACGCUGGUCUUGACGUCACAAGCGCCUGCUAUCAACUUUGUUAUCCGGGCUGGCACUACUUGUUUUAGGACAAAGCGCGAUGGUCUUUGUCCUUGUUCGUUUGUCGGGAGGACUGAUUGCCAGAGUUGGUGCAUCAAUCUCGUGGCGCACACGUUUUGGGCUUCUGUGAUAAGAUGGCGUUGUGUAUCUAUUCUGUUUCUUUAAACUAUGGUGUGCUAUUUAUUUUACAUUAGGUGUGUUAGAGUAGUGCAGUCCUACAGUGAAUAUGAGAAAUGAUACUAUUCCCUGAUUGAUUAUAUUACGUGUGUUCGAGUAAUGCAAACAGUUAGACGGUGCCUACGAGAAACGGUACCAUUUUUCCUUUUCCCCCUCAUGAGCGCCGAUAAGGUGAUUCACUCUACUGUGUUCAAGGCCACUGAGUGGAGUCUGCCUAAACUAUAGUUAAUGAAUGUGUUAUACUAAUGCAAAAAAUUAUAUGGUGCGUGCGGGAACGGUACCUUUUCCCUUCAAUGGCAUUUAGUUACAGUGAUAUAUCUCUAUUUCUGUCCAGACAAAGUAAAGCAGCAAAGAGCAGGAAGAGGUGAAGGAAAGAUAGAAGUUUAGCAUGAGCAUACACAGCAAAAAGCCUGGUGUUGAAUUGAUUCUCACAGAGUCAAUUUCAACUCCUUUUCAGACUUUAUAUAGGUCCACACUUUCUAGAGUCAAAUUAACACUUUGGAAAUAGUUCAAUAUCAACACCACACCAAGAGUUCCUUCUUUAACUCUUUACCAGAGUUGACGUUAUUAGGCAAAUAACACUGCUCUGGGUUAAAUGUUUACUCCUUACCAGAGUUAGAAUAAAUAACACUGUGCUCUGAGUUAAAUAUUUUACUCUUUCACAGAGUUGAAUACCUAAUCAUUUUACUCCUUACCAGAGUUAAAUACAAUUGAUUUACUCUUUACGAGAGUUAAAUAAUUAAAUGUUUUUUUUACUCCUUCUGAGAGUUGAAUAAUUAAAAGGUUUUACUCUUUACCACAGUUAAAAAUAGGGAUUAGACAAAUGACAGUUUCACAUAUAAAACAUUUAUUAAAACAAAUAAAAUAUUAAAAUAAAUAAAACAUUUCGUUUGGCCAUGUUCUCCCCAGUCCAGUCAGUCUUUCAUUACAGCAGUAUAAAAUCAACUAUAAUAUAUAGAUGUUCAUCUGAGGCACUGUAUGAGCUCUGAACAUCGAACGGUGUGCAACAUUUCAGCUCAGACAUUUUAUUUAUACACCUUUCCUCACUUGUGGAUACUCUGAAAGCAUGACGAUGCUCAUCAAACAUCUCUGUAAACAUCAUGUUUGACAAAAAAUAAAUCUGGUCGCGACGCAGCACCGUGUUGGUCUGUUGGCUCAUCAAAUUCAAAAUGAAGUGCAGGUGUGUGAGUCGCGGUAGGAGCUUAUUUACAUCUAUCCUGAGUUGAGUUAACACUGAUGUCACACCAUUUAAAUCAGAGGGUGUUAAAAAUUACACUUUGGGAGUCGAAAUCAACUCCAGGGCGGAGUGAUUUGAAUCAACAAUUAAAAACAACUCCAAACACUUAACCAUUACACCAGACAGUGUUAAAACAACACUUUGGGAGUAGUAUUAACUCCGAUUUCCAUCAACUAUUUAAAAUGACUCCAGACACCUAACCAUUACACCAGAAAGUGUUAGAAUUGAGUGGUAUUAACUCGGGACUGAGUUGGAUAACAUUGACAUGAUCAACUCUUUCAAAUAACUCCAACACUGAACCCAAUUUAAAUACAAUGGUGUUAAAAUGACACAUUGGGAGUUGAAAUCAACUCUGAAAUGUUUAACCCUGGAAUUUCAACUCUUUAAUUUUUGCUGUGUAGGGGAAUUGAUUCAAGGGAUAGCUCAAUGUUGAAUACUGAUGGCUGAAAAAAAUAAAAAUUAUAAAAUGUCACUUUUUGACAGAAACUUGUAUUUUGGUUCAAUUAUAUAUAGUUGAAAGUGCUAUUUCUGACAUUUUAUGAUAGAUAAGCGCUUAAAAAUAAAAUUUUUUUAAAAAAUCGCUCACUCGCCAAUGCCCCGCUUUGCCCCAGUACUGUCUUAGGUCUUGUGACGUCCCUGCAUAGCAGACAUGGACUUCAUUUUUGUUUGCUGCGUGGAAAUAAAACUGUUUCAGACAUAUUAAUUCAUUGACAACAACAAGACGAAAAUGCAUCAAAAUACAAACCUUUUUAGUGAACACUUGGUUAAAAAAAAAAAAAAAUUAUAAAUGUGUACACUUCGUUAUUAUGCCGGCCUCAAAAAAAUUGCCGAUCAAUGUUCUUUAAAAACUUACCAUCUUUACCAUAAUUACAACUAUACAUGAACGUAUCAUCAAUCCGCAAAAUAAUGACGUUCUGAUGCAUGAACCCGCAGGACCUGAUAAGAUCAAUAUGUUUAGCGUCCAUGUACACACUGCAUCCGAUCAUAAUUUUAAUCUGAACACUGAUCGGAUUGAAUCAAUUUUGUCCAUGUAAACAUACCCACUGUUGUUAGCCCACAUAUUAUUUCAAUAAUUCAGUUUAUGGGGGACAAUUUGUACUGGUAUUGUUAGCAUCAGGUGUCACCACCAUGGUGCAUUUGGCACCAGGGAGCCCUCGAAGACCACAUCUUCUAAAAAUUGUACAGCAGUGAUGCGAAAUUAUGACUUCCUAAGAAUGAUGUAUGUGUAAAAAUGUUAUAAUUAAUUGUUUCUUGAUAUGUAUGUUUUCCCUAUGUUUCUUGAUGAUUGUUGUGAGAAAUCAUGAAAUGAAGUGUUUUUUAAAUAAAAGAAUAUCAUAAAUUAUUAAUAAUAAAUCAAACACUUGAGUAAAUUGUUUCAGAAUUGUGUAUCGAACUGGUACUUCUACUACAAAUUAAUCAGUACCUAAGAAGUACUCGGUUGGCUGAUGCUUAAAAAUUAACAAGCAAAAAUGAAAAGAAUGCACUUGAUUUAAUUCGGUCGUUCAAGAAAUACUUUAACUGUCAACUAUUGUCAUUAUUCAUUGUACGACUGUAUAAUAACAAUAAAGGGCUAUUCUAUUCUAUUUCCAGACUAAUUUGAAUAAAAAGCCCAUCCGAGCCUCCAUUUUCUGCUAUGCUCCUGACUGUGCAGGAUCACUGAUUAUGGCUUAAAAAGUAAUCUAGUUACCUUACUUAUUACUUUAUUACAGUGCUUAAUUUGUAAAUCAUAAGGUGCCGGAACACUAAGUACAUAUGACAGCGCAGGGAUGAUGAGACGGGCACAGGUCCCGGAACAUACGCAGAAAAUGGUGCUGAAAACAAUAUGCGUGCUGUGGGACUUACAAGCCUCAAUUUCAGAUAAUAUCCAUGGUAUAAAUGUUAUGACAACAAUUUACAAUUAUUUAGGCUAUACUCUGCACAGCACGGGCAAUUGCCCGCAUAACCAUAAGUGGGAAAUACAGUAACGUACAGUCUAACUUGUAAAACAUUAAAAAAAAAAAAAAUCAGAUUACAAUAAAUAACACGAAGCCAUUCUUUUGCUAGUUUCAUCCCCCCUGUCUUCUCCUGCCCAAAAGUUCCCACCACCUUACUAAUUGUGUAGCCCAAACCAGAAUUUUCCAUAAGGGUACUGUUGGUGGUCCACCUGGCUGAUUGCUGGCGCUGUAGCUGGCCCCUACUCCGGGUGACGCUGAACCUGACCAGCUGCUGCCACGGUAGCCUCCUGAUGCACCCGUUAGCAUGAUAGCUGCAGCUGCCCCCAUUGCCGGUUGUUGCUUUUCUGACUGGUUUUGAACUAUUCUCCUUCUUUUUGAAAAAAGACAGUAAAUGCAAGUGCCAUUUUGGCAUGCUGAAAUACCGUUUGGUCCUGGCUGAUUGUUCCCCAAAUGCCACAAAUUUCCAGUUUUUUUAAUUAAUUAAUUAAUUAAUUAUUAUUAUUUAUUUUUUUUUUAUGGCAUGGGCGUGAUUUGUUGGUCCAGCUUUUCAGUGCAUCAACAAAUCUACGACUCUUUCAAAUGAAGUUAAAUUUUUAUAGACAACAUGCAAUUCUUGGGAUUUGUUAUGUAAAUUAAUUUAUGCAAUUAUUAUUUUAUUUCAUACUGUAAUGUCCGCAACUAUGCAAGGUCCCUUUAAGAGACGCUGGGACUGGAGAGCUGUGAGGUAGUAGGAAGCGAGGGGGGGCCGGGCGAGAAGCAAAAGUUAGUGGUCGAAU